AUGCCUCAGCCGGAAGACUACACAAUCGGCUGGAUUUGUGCGAUAAGAACAGAAUAUGUUGCAGCGCGACAAUUUCUUGACGAAGAACAUGAGGGGCCACGGACAGUAUCACCAAAUGACAGCAAUGCAUAUACGCUUGGCAAAAUCAGAGGACACAAUGUUGUGAUCGCCGUCUUGCCUGAUGGCCAGUACGGUAUAUCAUCCGCCACUGGGGUCAUAAAAGACAUGAUUCAUACCUUUCCAAAUAUUAGGAUCGGCCUCAUGGUUGGCAUUGGGGGCGGCGCGCCAAGCACAAAGAAUGAUAUUCGUCUAGGAGAUGUUGUUGUCAGCGCUCCUCGAGGGGGAAAAGGCGGCGUCUUCCAGUAUGACUUUGGGAAAACCAUCCAGGACCAAAGCUUCAGAACGACAGGGUUUCUGAAUCACCCGCCGGCUGUUUUACUCACAGCAGCCACAGUACUUAGCGGUCAGUAUGAAAGUGACGGUCACAAUCUUGAACGAGAUAUUAGCAACAUACUUGAGAAGAAGCCAAGACUGCGGAAGACCUAUGGACGGCCAGAUCCAAAUAGCGACAGACUCUACAAGCCCGGAAUCACACACCCCAAAGACAAUGAAGUAAAGUGCGAGGCAAGUUGCGAUGCCCCUGGAAAUCUGGUCGUGCGGCGUCAAAGAACCGAAGACGAAGAUAACCCGGCGAUCUAUUACGGGUUAAUCGCCUCAGCAAACCAGCUGAUGAAAGACGCUUUGGUCCGGGACAAGCUUGCUGCCGAGCAGGGUGUCCUAUGUUUUGAGAUGGAAGCGGCUGGAUUGAUGAACCACUUCCCCUGCUUGGUCAUUCGCGGCAUAUGUGAUUAUUCCGACUCUCACAAGAACAAAGAGUGGCAAGGCUACGCUGCUAUGGUGGCUGCAGCAUAUGCAAAGGAUCUCCUCGGGCGAGUCGCUCCAAGCAGAGUUCAAGCUGAAACGAAGCUGAGCAGUACUUUAUCCGGCCUCUAUGAUGUCGCAACUGCGCAGUUAGAAAUGACAAGGCAGCAUGUGCAAGCCCAGAAGGAUUUAGCCAAGCACAUGCUCACUCGACAAGAACAAAAAUGUCACCAGCUAUUCCGCCUUACAGCCAGUGAUAGGGAUAUCACGUAUGAGUGGUACAAGAACCGAGUAGAGGAAAGAGUUGAAGGCACAUGCCUGUGGUUUCUUGAACAUGAUCAUUUCCAAGCAUGGUUGAGACAGAACUCUGGGCCGCUCCUUGUCACAGCCGACCCUGGCUGUGGAAAAUCUGUGUUGGCCAGAUACUUGAUUGACCGUGGCUUGCCACGAUCAGCAACCAUCUGCUAUUUUUUCUUCAAAGACGAAGAUCAGAAUACGGCUCGACAGAUGCUUUGUGCAGUACUUCAUCAGCUGUUCUCUCAAAAUCCGGCUCUAAUCAAGCAUGCAAUGCAGCAAUACGAGAAAGACGGAGAAAGUUUGACCAACUCUAUUGACUCACUUUGGAGGAUUUUGCGAAGUUCUGUCCGAGAUCCACAGGCGGGAUCCGUGAUCAUUGUGCUCGACGCCUUGGACGAAUGUGCAAAAACCGAGUUUGAAGCUCUAGUGCGGAAUAUAGAGGCGCAGUUUCACAGAAACGACCCAGGUAAUGCCAGCUUGAGAUACCUUCUUACAUGUCGCCCUUACGAGCAAUUGGUGUCUCGAUUCUCCAACUUGUUGGGCGUUUUCCCAAACAUUCACAUACCGGGAGAGGAUAAUUCAGAGACUAUUAGCCAGGAGGUAAAUCGCGUCAUCACACACCGAGUUCAUCAGUUGCCAAAUACCUUCUCCCCCGAGAUCAAGAGUCACCUGGAGAAAAGAUUGCAUUUGACCAGCCAUCGUACCUAUCUCUGGGUGUACCUUGUGUUCGAUCAUUUGAAGGAGGGAAGCUUUAAGAAGACACGGAAGGGGGUUGACUCGGCUAUCAGAAACCUCCCGAGGAGUGUGAACGAGGCAUAUGAGCAGAUUCUCAACAGAUCCAAUGCCGAAGAGCACCUGGUGGUUCGCAAAGUCCUGAGCAUUGUCUUAGCGGCAAGUCGGCCACUUACACUCAAGGAACUGAAUAUAGCGACAAACAUCGACUACGAAACAGAAUCAUUUGAGGACAUUGAUCUAGAGUACGAGCAUGACUUCAAGAAGCGCAUUAGAUCCUGGUGCGGGUUAUUCAUCUUAAUCUCACAAGUUGGACAUCACAUGUUGCCUUAUUCCCAACCCGAAAAUGGGAGCACUCAAUCACCAUCUGAAGAAGAACACAACGAGAUGGUCAAAUUCAUGGAUCAACAACCCUUCUUUGUUUACUCGGCACUAAAUUGGGGAGCUCACUUCCGCCAUGCUGACAUUGCCGAAAACGCCGCUGUCAUGCCUAUUGUUUUGAGAAUUUCUGAUCCAAGUGCAAAAAGCUACUUGCCGUGGUUCAAAAUGUAUUGGGGUGAGAAUUGGGGCUUUAAAAAGGACGGCAGAGUCCCCCAGUUUUCACACCUCAUGGUAGCCGCAUACUAUGGCCAUCUUCUGACUGUCAGGUUAAUAUUAAAGAAGGACGUCGAUUUGAACUCGAAAGAUGAUAUUGACCGCCGGACACCACUCCAUUGGGCUGCUUUCAAUGGACAUGAGGCAGCCGUCGAGCUAUUAAUAGAUAAAGGCGCCGAGUUGGACUCCAAAGAUCGCGAUGGAGCUACGCCACUCUCAAUAGCUGUUUCCGUGGGGCAUGAGGCGGUCGCCAAGCUGUUGAUAGAGAAGGGUGCCGACUUGAAUUCCAAAGAUUCUGAUGGCCAAACACCACUCUCAGUAGCUGCUAGAGAGGGGGAAGAGGCUGUUUUCAACCUGCUCCUAGUAACACAUGGUGUUGACGUUGAGUCUAAAGACAAUUGCGGCCGUACGCCGCUCUCAGUAGCUGCUAGAGAGGGGAAAGAGGCUGUUUUCAACCUGCUCCUAGUAACACAUGGUGUUGACGUUGAGUCUAAAGACAAUUGCGGCCGUACGCCGCUAUCAUACGCUGCCAUGGCUGGCCAUGAUACAAUGGUAAAGGCCUUGAUAUCAAACGACAGGGUCGAAAUUGAUGGAGAGGACUAUUACGGUUCAACACCGAUAUCAUUAGCAGUGCGGCAUAAUCGCAAGGAGGUUACCAUGCGGCUCCUAGGCACAGGGCGUGUAGAUUCGAACUCUCCAGACCACUCGGGGCGAACUCCACUGUGUGCUGGCCCAACCAGAAUGCCACGAGCCAUGAAACGGCCCGCUUCGGCCUUGCCCGAAUCUACCAGUGUGAAGAGUGUUGCGAGACUGCUUUUUGGACCCAAGAGAGUUAAAGUGUCGGAGGAUACCGAGGAGGAGAGCGAGGAGAGUUCUGAGGAGGAGAGCGAGGAGUAUACUGAGGAGGAUAUCGAGGAGUAUACUGAGGAGGAUAUCGAGGAGUAUACUGAGGAGGAUAUCGAGGAGUAUACUGAGGAGGAUAUCGAGGAGUAUACUGAGGAGGAGAGCGACUGGGAUAUCGAACCACCUACUGAGGACUAUACCGCAUAUUGGCCACCAUGGUAUCUUGACAUUUACAACGAAAUGGCACAUAUGGAAUGGGGUUUUGGCGGCUGGAGUGAGUGCUCAUCAGAGUAUGAAAGCUCAGAAUCAACAGAAGAUGCAGAGGUAGAAGAGGAGUCAGCAGAGGACACAGAACCAGCAAAGAGCACAGGGCCACCAAAGAGCACAGGGCCACCAAAGAGCACAGGACCACCAAAUAGCACAGGACCAGCAAAAAACACAAGAUCAGCAAAGCGCAUAGUACCAGCCAAGAGCACGGUAGUACCAGCCAAGAGGACAGAACCAGCAAAGAGCACAGGACCAGCCAAGAACACAAGAUCAGCAAAGAGCAUAGUACCAGCCAAGACCACGGAACCAGCCAAGAGUACAGGACCAGCCAAGAACACAAGAUCAGCAAAGAGUAUAGUACCAGCAAAGAGUACAGUACCAGCAAAGAGUACAGUACCAGCAAAGAGUACAGUACCAGCAAAGAGUACAGUACCAGCAAAGAGUACAGAACAAGUAAAGAUUAUAAAACCAGCAAAGGACACAGGGCUAGCAAAGAGCACGGUACCAGCAAAGAGCAUAGAACAAGCAAAGAAUAUAAAACCAGCAAAGGACACAGGACCAGCAAAGAAUCAAAAUUUGCGACAUAGCGCCCCGGCAGAGCCUGCCAAACCAUUGAAGACGCUGGACGAAAUAAACAUUGACGACGCCAAGAACCGUGACCGCUGGAGAUUGCAGCUCAAUAACCAGAAAAUCAGAAGGAGCGCUGACCCUUUCCUGGAGAGGCAGAUAAUUCUGGCCAAGAAUGCGACCGAACUCGUCUCAAAAGCGUAUGAGCUACUCGAACGAACGCCUCCUCGGCACCGGGACAUUAUUUGGUUGAAACAGCGCUAUGAGCUGUUUUGCGAGGACCAUGCCAGGCUUUUUGCAAGAACCUACGACGAUGAGGACGAUUUCGGAGAGUACGAGCAUGGAGACCACAGAACUGUCAAAUUUUUCCGCCUCCCAGAGGACCAGAUCAAGGAGGAAGAUAAGGGGUGCCAAGGUUUCCAAGCCGACAUCAGGAUCUGUGGCGGUCCUCGAGGAACCAAGCCCUUCUUAGUUUUACAUGCAAACCCUGAGCCUACUAAAGUCGGCUCUUGGUCAAUGGGGGACCUGUACUUCACCUGGAUCGAGGACCAUUUCUUCAAAUUGAGGCUACCAAGGGAUAAGGUGCUCCAGGGAACGAAUAUCGACCCAUCGAAAGCUCCUGAGUUCUUUGAGUUUGUUGGCAUUUCACAGCAAUACCUAUCUGCCUGUGACCCUAACUUGGACUAUUCGAGAAUGUUCCGGUAA